AUGCGCUCGCUCGACCACGAAAGAGUCAAUCCUCGACACCGCGAGAACCAGACCCAUUGCUACGGUCGAGAAGUCCAGCUAAAAUUCCCCUUGCUGAAUCCUCUUAAUGUGUCUGCGAUCUCAAAAAUCCCUAUACCGAAAGGUGUAGCAGGAGAGAAUUUCGUACCUUCACCUCUAUCGAGACCACUAGGUCUACAUUCUCCUCCUCAGCCAGGUCAAAACAGCCCCAUUGACAAGCGCUCGUUUGCUCAGAAGAGGCAAGACUUCGCUGAUUAUGAACGAGCACUGGAGAGACGAAAGAUCUACCUUCGAACUUUCCUGCGUCCUUACUUUCAGGAAUGGAAACGUAUGGACAAGGAAUACAAAGGAAAGAGUUUCGUGUCAAACGAGCGGCUUUUCAAAAAAGAAAAAGCACUUUAUUUCCCAAACAUGUGGGGUCAGACUCUAUCAAAGGACGGUCAAGGUCCCGACGGCGGAAAGGAUACAACUCCAGCGCUUAGAGGCAAGAUCUCAGUCAUCGGAAUUCAGGGCAACAACUGGGCGGAAGAGAUGGUUGACACUUUUUUAAGUCCCAAAGCAAAUCCUGAAUUACAGGUCUUGCUUGAGAAGGAUGCUCCGCAGUUGCAACGAGUACAUAUCAACGUACAGUCGGACAUUGCCGGCGCUUUUCUGGUCAAAUUGUUCUCGUAUCGCUUACGAAGUACUAUCCCAGAGGACAGAUGGGAUCGAUAUUUCAUGGUCAAACUUCCGCGAGACAUUCGGCUUGGUCUCAGCGACGAUGUGCGGGAUGCCAUGGGUUUCCUGAACACUCGAGUCGGUUACGUUUACCUACUAGACCAAGAUUGCAAGAUCAGAUGGGCAGGGAGUGGUCACGCCUGGAAAGGAGAAGUCGAAAGCUUGAAUGCUGGUAUUAAGAAAUUGCUUGAAGAGUCAACUGUUGCCUCGCAAGAACCACUACUCAGGCAGCAAAACAUCUUGUCCGAGCAAGACUUGAAUCCGCCCAUGGCAGCCGCCAUAUUAUAA